AUGUGGCAAGCAGCCCUUCCAGGCGCACCUCGUCCCAGGGAACUGCUGGGCAUCCUGGCAUGGCUCUCCCUCUGGCAGACGCUGGCAUUGGAUGACGGGCGGUGGUGCGAGAGGGUGGUCCAGGUGUUGGACGAGGAGGUGGUGAGCCUGCGGCAGGAGGAGGUGGUGCCCUGCUUGGAUGUCUACCAGUAUACCAUGGCUGGCUGGCGUCUCGACCCGGACCAGACACGUCGAGUCUCUGGCCCAGGGGGAUCCCUGUGCUACAUCUACAAGCCUGAAGACACCCGGCCCCUGGCCUGGAACCGGACAGUGCGCACGUGCUGCGAAGGCUGGAGCGGGCCGCACUGCUCUGAGGCGGGUGAUGGGUUUGCCCCGUUAAGGGAAGGCGGCAUCCCUGCUUUGAGAGGGGAGGAGUCGAUGGGUCCCUGCUUCUCCGCCUGGCAGUGCCAGGAUGUCCCUGGGCUGCAGAACCGCUCACUGUUCAGCAUGGCCGAGUGCUGUGGCCUCCUGUGGGGGCACAGCUGGCGAAAUGCCUCCUCCGGGCUCUGCCUCAGCUGUUCCCAGCAGCCCCUGAGAGGGGCCCAUCCCUCUUUGAAAAGUUUAGAGAUCCUGCCUGAGCAGGCGUUGGACUGGACGAUCUCCAAGGGCCCGCCGACUCUAGCGUUCUGUUCAGAGACACCAGCAGCAGGAACAAUCCUUCCCGGGUCUCAGAAAGUCCAGUCCCUGGCCCUCCACAGCUGCAGGGUGAUCCCCGGAAAGGCACGGUCGCUUUCCGGAGCCCUAGGCAGGCGCAACGUGCGCACGGCCGCAUAUGUUCGCAGCGCAGGGCGGCUCCCGGGAUCGCGGGGCAGAAGGGGCUUUGCAGCCCCUGCCCAGGCGCCCAGCCUUCCCGGCGCCCGGAAGCGCAGCCCAGGCGCGGCCCCGCUAAUAGCCGCUUUCUCCCUAGACGGCCCGCCUGGGCCCCCCCUGCUCCGGCGGCCUGCCCCCUCGGCGCUCCUGGCCCGACAGAGGCACCACCGGCCCCCUUUCGCCACCUGCCUCACCUGGGCCGGCCUCCACUACCGCACCUUCGACGGCAGACACUUCCGCUUCGGCGGGAACUGCACCUACGCCCUGGCCGCCGCUUCCGACGGCACCUGGGCCGUCUACGUCUCCUCCUCCGGCAGCGGGGGCUGCCUGCCUGGCCGGUGCCAACGGGAGAGACGUCUGGAGGAACGGGAACGGGUUGGAGGCCCGCAACGUGAUGCCCCGGCCUGGGUGGGCUGCGCAGGGGAGCGGGGCGGGCCAAGGCCCCACCUCACGGCCCUUCUUGCCCGGCAGGCCCUCCGCAUGCUCUUUGGACUCGACCUGGUGGCGGCUCGCGGCCACAACGUCUCGGUGAACGGUGCCCCGGUGCCGGAGAGGGAGCCGCUCUUGCGAAAGGGGAUCAGCAUUUGGUGGCUGGGGGACUUCCUCUUCGUGGAGAGUGGCCUGGGGGUCCGGGUCAAGUUUGAUGGGCACAGCACAGUCUAUGUCACCGUGGGGACAGCACUGCAGGGCACCACCCGGGGGCUGUGCGGCGUCUACAGUGACGACCCUGCAGAUGACUUCCAACGCGUGGGAGGGGACGUGGUCACACUGGCAGCCAGCUUUGGCAAUUCUUGGCGCAUUCCAGAGGCCGGGUUGAGUCCGUGCACGGAUGCUGCGGAGGAACCGCACAGCUGCAACGCUGUGCAAGACCCUGCAGUUCAGGAGGCAGCUACAGCCACGUGUCAGAAGUUGUUCUCCAGGCCUUUCAGCGAGUGCCACAUACAGGUGGACCCCCACAGUUUCUACGACACCUGCAGGUACCUGCUCUGCAGCCGACGGGCAGGGCCAGGAGACGCCUGUGAGACCUUUGCCAGCUACGCCCGCGAGUGUGCCCAGCGGAGCAUCUUCCUCAACUGGAGAAGCCCUGGGUUCUGUGAGAAGCCGUGUGGCCGGGGGCAGCGCUACACGGACUGCGUGUCCUCGUGCCCGGCCAGUUGCACGGCAGUGGGUAUGGCGGCAGGAGACCACUGCCGGCAGGAGUGUGUGAGCGGCUGCGAAUGCGCCCCAGGACUCUACCUGGAGGAGGGGUCCUGCAUCCCGGAGAGCCGGUGCCCCUGCUUCCACCGACGGCAGAAGUUCCGCCCGGGAGAGACCCUGCGCCAGCGCUGCAAUCAGUGCACGUGCCGAGGGGGGCAGUGGGUCUGCUCCCGGGAUCCAUGCGCCGGGGAGUGCGUCCUCCAUGGUCACCUGCAUUACCUGACUUUUGACGGCAAGCGCUACUCCUUCCAUGGAGCCUGCCAGUAUAUCCUGGUGCAGGAUUUUGUGGACGGGAAGAUUCAGAUUGGCGCAGAGAAUGAGCCAUGUGGGAACCAGGGGGCUGUCGGCUGCCUCCGGGCUGUGACCGUCACCGUGCAGAGGACCUCGGCCCGGCUGUCCUUCACAGGGGCUGUCUCUGUGAAUGGCCAGGAGGUCGCCCUCCCCUUUGCCAACGCCGACCUGAUGGUGCGCCGUGCCUCCUCCUCCUUCCUGCUUCUCCAGGCCUUUGGGGCUCACCUGCUCUGGGGGCUGGAGUUCUUGGCCACCUACAUCACUCUCCAGCCCCGCUUCGCCCACAAGGUCCGAGGCCUUUGUGGGACAUACAACUGGAACCAGCAGGAGGAAUUCACCACCCCGGAAGGAGACGUGGAGCCCAGCGUGGCCGCUUUUGCCCACAAGUUUCAACUCUCCCACGCCUGCCCCGCCACAGGCGGCUUCCUCUUCGACUCCUGCAGUACGUACACCCAACGGCGGCAAUAUGCUGAGACGGCUUGCGCAGCCAUCCACGGCGCACCCUUCCAGCCCUGCCAUGACCGGGUGGAGUGGGAACCCUUCUACCAACUUUGUCUGGAGGACGUGUGCAGCUGUUCAGCCGAGGAGGACUGUCUGUGUGGUGCCCUGGCUGCCUAUGCCCGGCAGUGUGCCCAGGAGGGAGCCCUCGUGUCCUGGAGGAACCGGAGCUUCUGCCCGGUGCAGUGCUCCGGGGGUCAAGUCUACCAAGAAUGCGCCACCCCCUGUGGAAGGACUUGCGCUGACCUGCCGGUGGAAAAGUUUGGCGCCUGCGAGGAUCUCCACACUGUCUGUGUGGCUGGAUGCAACUGCCCCGAGGAGCUGGUGCUGGACCACGAAGGGCAGUGUGUCCAGCCGGCCAUGUGUCCCUGCGUGCACCAGGAGGAGGCCCACCCGCCCGGCAGCAAGAUCCAGAAGAGCUGCAACAGCUGUGUCUGUGUGAACGGGGCCUGGAACUGCACAGAGGAGAGCUGUCCCAGAGUGGUGCUUUGUCCUGGGGAGCUGGUCCACGCCUUCAGCUCUUGCCUCCUCACCUGCGAGAGUCUCCAGAGCAACCUCAGCUGUGCUGGCCCCUCGGACGGCUGCGCUUGCCCCCCGGGCACCGUCUUCCUGAACGAGCACUGCGUCUCCCCGGAGGAGUGCCCCUGCCACCACAAUGGCCGCCUCUACCAGCCCAACGAGACCAUUGCCAAGGACUGCAACACCUGCAUUUGCAGGAAGCAGCGCUGGGAGUGCAGCCACCACCACUGCGCUGGGACGUGUGUGGCCACAGGAGACCCCCACUAUGUCACCUUUGACGGGCGGGCCUACACCUUCCUGGGGGACUGCGAGUACAUCCUGGUGCGUGAGAACAGUGGCGCCUUCACUGUGACGGCCGAGAACGUGCCCUGUGGCACCAGCGGCACCACCUGCACCAAAUCCGUCGUGGUACUGGUGGGCAGCAUGACCGUCCACCUGCUCCGAGGAAAGGGCGUGACAGUCAAUGGAGUCUCGGUGCGGCCCCCCAAGACCUACGGCGGGAACAGCCUGGCCCUGGAGAGAGCUGGGCUCUUUCUGGUUCUCCUCGCUCGGCUGGGGGUGACGGUGCUCUGGGAUGGAGGCACGCGGGUGUACAUCAAGCUGGACGCCAGGUACCAAGGCCGGGUGGCAGGGCUGUGCGGGAACUUCGACGGCGAUGCAGAGAAUGACUUCUCCAGCCAGCAAGGCAUCGUGGAGCCCACGGCCGAUCUUUUUGGCAACUCCUGGCGCAUCAGCCUCCUGUGCCCCGAAGUCAAUGGCGAGGACUUUGAGCAUCCAUGCACGGUGAAUUCCCACCGUGCGAUGUGGGCCCGGAAGCGCUGUGGGGUCCUCCUCCAGGACCUCUUUGCUGCCUGCCGUGAGGAACUGCCCUGCCAGCAGUUCUAUGACUGGUGUGUCUUCGAUGCCUGCGGGUGUGACUCUGGAGGGGACUGUGAGUGUCUCUGCACAGCCAUCGCCACCUAUGCAGAGGAGUGCGGCCGGCGAGGGGUCUCCGUGCGCUGGAGGAGCCAGGAGCUCUGCCCCCUGCAGUGUGACCACGGGGCAGAGUAUGAUCCCUGCGGCCCAGCCUGCCCUCAGACCUGCCAGAACUUCGGCCUGGAGCCAGCUGAGCACUGCCCUGUGGAGGCGGCUUCCUGUGUGGAGGGAUGCUUCUGCCCAGAGGGAAAAGUCCUGCACGGUGGACGCUGCAUCGAUCCGGCGGAAUGUCCUUGCUUCUGGGAAGGCACCUCAUUCCCACUCGGGGCGCUGGUGAUGCAGGAGUGCAGGAACUGCUCAUGCGAGGCAGGACUGUGGCAGUGCACCGCGCCUCUGGAGCCUUGCCGUGCCCUCUCCCACUGCACCGAGACAGAGUUUGCCUGCCACACGGGUGGGCGCUGCGUGCCGAGGGCCUGGCUCUGCGACAACGAGGACGACUGUCGGGACGGUUCAGACGAGCUCUGCCCAUUGAGCUGCACCCCACACCAGUACCGGUGCUUCAGCGGGCAGUGCAUACCCUGGGGGUACCGCUGUGAUGGCACCAUAGACUGUGCCGACCGCUCGGACGAAAAGGACUGCCCCUCGCCUGCCUGCUCCCCGCAGGAGUUCCGCUGUGCCAAUGGCCGCUGCAUCCCUCACCGAGACCGCUGUGACGGGGAGCUGGACUGUGGCUUUGCUGACCCCUCGGAUGAGGCAGGUUGUGGACCAGCCUGCGGGUCAAGCGAGUUCCGCUGUGCAGCCGGGCACUGCUUGCCAUACCUGCACCACUGCGACGGGCACGAUGACUGUGGCGAUUUUAGCGAUGAGCGCGGCUGCGGCUGCCCCCUUGGGGACUUCCAGUGCCCAGGCGGCCGGUGCCUUCCCAAAGCUCUGGUCUGCGAUGGCCGGCAAGACUGUCCCUCUGGCAUGGAUGAGGCGCUCUGCCCAGGUCCGGUGAUGUGUGCCCCAGGGCAGCUGCCUUGUCCGAAUGCCACUUGUGUGAGCCGUGCGCAGGUGUGUGAUGGUGUGCCCGACUGUGAAGACGGUGCCGAUGAGGAACCGGCUCAGUGCCAAGGGAUCCGGACCACCCCUCUUGGGCCCACUGUUCAGCCAAGCUUUCCCGGGACUCAUCAGCCUGUCACCAACAGGACCCUGGUGCCACUCUGCGGGCGUUACGAGUUCCACUGCCAAAGCGGGGAGUGCCAGCCACGGGGCUGGGUGUGCGACAACGAAGCUGACUGCCUGGAUGGCAGCGAUGAACUGCACUGCAAUCGCACGUGUGAACUGGACCAGUUCCCCUGCGCCCAUGGGGCUGAGUGCAUCCACUACCAGCAACUCUGCGAUGGCAUCCCUCACUGCCAGGACCAGUCAGACGAGAGCAUCGACACCUGCGGCUCGACUCAGAUCCCACCUUGCCCAGGGUUCUUCAUCUGCAACAACCGCAUGUGCAUCAACGUGUCCCGGGUGUGCGAUGGCUCCCCGGACUGCUCCCAGGGAGAAGAUGAGCUCGCCUGCGAAAUCCCUGUGGCUCCUCCAGGUGGAAGGAAUCAGACGGUGGGACCUUGUCCAGAAUACUCCUGUGGGGACGGCACCUGCAUUGCCUUUAAACAGGUGUGCAAUGGCCUGGCCAAUUGUGCAGAUGGCACGGAGGCUUCGGGGUGGCUCCCAUCCGACGAGCGGGACUGUGGCCUCUGGAGCCCUUGGCCACCCUGGAGCACCUGCAGCCGCUCGUGCGGGACUGGCCUCCAGGUCCGCCGGAGGAGCUGCACCCGGCGGGCUGAUGAUGUUCUCCGCCACUGCCUCGGAGAGGAGACCCAGGCCCAGCAGUGCUUCCUGGUGGCUUGUCCAGUGGAUGGCCAAUGGCGUGAAUGGGCAACGUGGUCCAAUUGCACUGAGGAUUGCCGCGGGGUGGUGGUGCGGCACCGGGAGUGCCUACCAUCCCAGAAUGGGGGCCGCCACUGCACCGAAGGGCCAGAUGGGUCAGCUGGCUCAAUAGAGAUCCAGCUGUGUCAGCGUGAAGACUGCCUGAACGCCUCCACCUGUCCUGGCGAGCUGGUGAGCCAGAAGUGCGCUCCGUGCCCCACCUCCUGCACUGAGCUCUCCAGCCGCACAAGGUGCAGGAAAGACAGGCCCUGCCGGCCAGGCUGCUGGUGCCCAGAAGGACUGGUCUUGAACAGUGAGCAGCAAUGUGUGCGUCCACGGGAGUGCCCGUGCCAGGUGGGAGGCAUCCGCUAUUGGCCUGGCCAGCUGGUAAAGGUCAACUGCCGCAUCUGCACUUGCCAGGAAGGGCAGAUGAAACGCUGCCGGCAAAACCCGGAGUGCACAGUGAACUGUGGCUGGUCUGCUUGGUCGCCGUGGGGCGAAUGCCUGGGUCCUUGUGGGGUGCAGAGCAUCCAGUGGUCCUUUCGCAGCCCCAACAACCCCACCAAGCACGGGAACGGACGUCAGUGCCGGGGCAUUUACCGCAAGGCCCGGAGAUGCCAGACAGAGCCGUGUGAAGAGUGCGAGCACCACGGCCGGACUCACGCCAUUGGUGACCGCUGGCGCUCCGGCCAGUGCCAGGUCUGCCAGUGCUUGCCCAAUCUAACCGUGCAGUGCUCCCAGUACUGCCCCUACAGCACGGUGGGCUGCCCCGAGGGCCGGGUGCUGGUGAAGGGCCGGGCAGACUCCUGCUGUUACUGCCUGGAGGCUGGGGAGAACCGAACGGCGGUACCGAGCGCUCUGCCUCUGGGACCCCAGGGGACCACCCGAGUUGGCUCGGCAGCCUUCCCCACCACUCCCCCGCUCAGCACUUUCCCCCUGCCCCCACUUGGCGAUCGCUGCUACGGCCCCCUGGGCAUCGCCUCCUUGCCGGAUGCCAGCUUCACCGCCUCCUCACAGCAGCCGGAGAACCCGGCGCACGCCGCUCGGCUCAGCCACCUCCUGACCGGGGCUGACUUGCAGGGCUGGGCCCCCCCGGCAGAGGUCUACCCAGAGCUGCUGUCUCGGCCGCCCUUCUUGCAAGUGGACUUGGGGGAGCCCAGGAACCUGACAGGGGUGGUGAUCCAAGGAGCAGGGACCUCGGAUGCCUACGUGACCAGCUUCUUCCUGCAGUUCAGCCUGGAUGGUGUGAGAUGGCAUGACUACCAAGAGGUCUCCUCCAGGAGCAUCAGGCCUGAGCUGAAGCUCUUCCAAGGGAACUCUGAUGACUCGACCCCCGUGGCCAGGACCUUCCAGCGCAUGGUACAUGCCCAACACGUGCGCCUCCUGCCCCAUGACUUCCACAACGGGAUCUUCCUGCGCAUGGAGCUGUUGGGCUGUGGGAAAGUGUCCCCAGACCAACCAGGGUGGCCGACGUCCCCCACAGGCUGGAGGCCUUGCUGGGCCGGGGAGUUCCGGUGCCAGAACGGGCGGUGUGUUCCAGCAGGGCCCCACGGGGCCAUCUGCAACGGGGUCGACGACUGUGGGGACUUCUCGGACGAGCUGCGCUGCGGCAUUGCCCCAUCCCUGGAGCCCCCCUCACCAGAGGGCUGCCCGGCCUCCCAGUUCCACUGUGCCUUUUCUGGCAUCUGCCUUGAAGCCUCCGAGAGGUGUGAUGGGGUCAUCCACUGCCCAGAUGCCACCGAUGAGAUUGGCUGUGUACCUGCGAGCAGUGUCCCCCUGCCUGGCAUUCUCAGCCCGUGGACUUCAGAGGGACGUUCGCAGGUCUCUGCGCCACAGCCCACUGCGGCGUCCCCAGGUAGCAGGCCAUUUCCUGAGGGCUACAGCCCCACUCCACCAGGUUCCUGCAAUGACCCCCUUGGCCUAGAGGACGGGCGCGUUCACUACCAGCAGUUGACGGCCUCUUCCCACCAAGAGGGAAAUCCCCCGGGUGCUGGUCGGCUGAACGUUGCACCCACCAUUCAGAAUGUGGAGCCAGGGUGGAGCCCCCGCCUGUCGGACCGCAACCCCUACUUCCAGGUGGACCUCCUCCAGCCCUUCUUCAUCACCUCAGUGGCCACCCAAGGUGGAGGCAGGUCUCGGGGAUACGUGUCACGGUAUCGCCUGGUGCACAGCAGUGAUGGGCUCCAUUUCUGGAACUACACCAGGCCUGGAUAUGGUCCGGCCACAUCCCUGCAGGCUCAGGUUCUGGAGGGAAACUCGGACAGCAGCUCCCCGGCGCGGCAGGAGCUCAGCCCGGCCAUCCUGGCCCGUUUCCUGCGCCUUGUGCCGAUGGAGUACCAGCAACGCAUUUCCUUGCGCCUGGAGCUGUUUGGCUGCCCCUGGAAGGCAGAGCGAGCCAUGGGCCGGCUGACUUCUGCCGGCAGCAGCCGAGCACCGGGAAUCAUCCGAACUCAGCCUACAGCAGCCCCAUCUCCUCCAGAGAAGCCCACUGGCACACCAGGCUGGUUGCCCCCCCUCACCAGGCCAGAGGCUGCAGUGGUUUCCCAGCCCAGCACGGUGGGGCCGCUGGGAGCCACACCAUCUCUGCAGUUCCAGAGAACAGCCAUACCUGCUGCCUUGACUCCCGGCAUUGCCUGGUCCACCUCUCGGCCGCUGGCAACUCCUGGGCAGAGUGGUGCUUCAGGGCUGCCCACAUUCGACAUUCUUCCACACCGACCUGGAACCCCUGGCCUGAGCUCCCACUUGUCAGGGCCAACUCUCAUCCCCAGUCCUGGGAUGCCCCGGAUCCUCUGCACACAGGGGCAAUUUGCCUGCGAGGCGUUUGGCUGCGUGGAGGCCGCCUUUGUUUGUGACGGACAGCAGGACUGCUCCGACGGCUCUGACGAGGUCCGUUGUGGGGGCCCCACAGCUCCCACCAUCCCCACCAUGGCCCCCCUGAUUCCAGUGGGCCCCCCCAGUGCCUGUUCCUCCAAGCAAUUCUCCUGCAACAGUGGGGAAUGCCUGACCCUCGAGCGCCGUUGCGACCUUCGCUACGAUUGCCAGGAUGGGUCCGAUGAGGCCAGCUGCGUGGACUGCAUCCUGUCUCCGUGGAGCACCUGGAGUGAGUGCAGCCGAUCGUGUGGGCUGGGCGUGACCUUCCGGCGACGAGACCUGCUCCGCAAUGCUCUUCCGGGAGGACGGUGUGACCGCGAUGAAUUUGACAGCCGCUCAUGCUUCCUUCGGGCCUGUCCAGUAAACGGGGCCUGGGCCUCCUGGGGUGAAUGGUCGGACUGUGAUGCCGAGUGCCGGGGUGGUGUGAGGAGCCGCACCAGGACCUGUGCUGACCCCCCGCCCAAGAACGGCGGGCAGAUGUGCCCCGGAGAUGCUGUGCAAAUGGAGGCGUGCAACCAGCAGCCCUGUGGAGACGCCCGGGAUUGCGGCCCAGACAUGGUCUUCGUGCAAGCCGGGCACUGCGCACGCGGCCUGGUGGACCCCUGCCCGCAGACGUGCCGGCAGCUGGGCAUCAAGAGGAGCUGCCAGAGCAGCUGCGUGGAGGGCUGCCGCUGUCCUCCGGGCCUCUUCCUGCAGGAGGGGGGCUGCGUGAACGUCAGCCAGUGCCACUGCUUCUUCGACCAGGAGCAGCACCGGCCGGGGGAGAUCUUCCUGCGGGACAACUGCAGCCAGUGCGUUUGUCUGGAUGGCACUGUGACCUGUGAUUCGGUGGCUUGCCCUGUGAAGUGUGGCUGGUCAGCCUGGUCGCCGUGGACCCCCUGCAGCCGGAGUUGUGGAGUUGGGAUGCAGCAAAGAUUCAGAUCCCCCUCCAACCCAGCAGCAGCCAAUGGUGGCGCUCCAUGCCAAGGAGAUGCCCAGGAGGUGCGUGAGUGCCAUACUGCCUGCACCACAGAAAUCGCCUUCCUCUGGAGUGAAUGGACCCCCUGGUCGCCCUGCUCUAAGACGUGCUUCUACGCCCCGGACCUGGUUGGCGUGCGGAAACGAUUCCGGCACUGCAAUGGCACUGCCCAGGCCGUGGGGUGUGACGGAGAGACCGUGCAGGAAGAGGCCUGUGAUACUCCUCUCUGCCCCGUGGAGGGCAUCUGGACGCCCUGGACAGCCUGGUCCAAGUGCUCCGUCCCCUGCGACUCCGGGGUGCAGACCCGGAACCGCACCUGCUCCAGGCCAGCCUAUGGGGGGCCAGGGUGCACCGGCCCCCUGAUCCAGACCCGAGAUUGCAACACUCAGCCCUGCAGAGUGCAGUGCCCAGGAAACAUGGUGUACCUGACGGCUGAGGAGUGCCAGCGGAAGGGGGGCGCCUGCCCCCGGCUCUGCCUGGACCAGGGCACCCAGGUGGAGUGUGCCUCCCACUGCCAGGAGGGCUGCCACUGCCCCGAUGGGCUCUUCCUCCAGAAUGGCUCCUGUGUGCAGCUCAGCCAGUGCCCGUGCUACUACCAGGGGGAGCUUUACCAGCAGGGCAGCUCCAUCCCCCGGGAUGCCUGCAACAACUGCACCUGCGUGGAUGGGGAGAUGGACUGUGGCACAGAGCCCUGCUCAGCCGACUGUGGCUGGAGCGCCUGGACAGCCUGGAGCGCCUGCAGCCGCACUUGCAAUGUGGGCACUCAGCGGCGCUACCGUUCCAGCUCUGAGCCCUCUGUCUCUGCUGGAGGACAGCAGUGCCAGGGGUCCAACGUGGAGAUUGAGUUCUGCAGCCUGCAGCCCUGCCAGGGCUCUGGAAUGGAGUGGGGCCCGUGGUCUGAGUGCUCGGUGCCCUGCGGGGGUGGCUACCAGAACCGCACGAGGGCCAGUGCCAGCGUCCUGGGCAGGAUCGACUUUGCCACCUGCAACCUUCAGCCCUGCACAGGUGACGUGCCAGGCAUCUGCCCAGAGGGGAAGGUGUGGCAAGAGUGCGCUGACGGGCCGGCCUCCUGCGCAGAGCUCAGCAUGGAAGGCGACCCCGGCAACACGGCUUGCCAGCCAGGGUGUUACUGCCCCAAUGGCACCAUCCUGCUGAACAACCUCUGCGUGCCAGAGGAGGAGUGCCCGUGCGCUGUGGAGGGGAUGCUCUAUGCCCCAGGCGAUGCGGUGGCCAAGGGCUGCAAGAACUGUUCCUGCAUCGCCGGGCAGGUGGGAAACUGCUCCCGCGCAGCCUGUGGAGACGUGAACGGCCAGUGGUCGGCAUGGACCCCCUGGAGUGAGUGCUCGGCGUCCUGUGGGCUGGGGCUGCAGAACCGGUACCACUUUUGCACGGAGCCUGCCCCUUCUGGGAUGGGGCUGCCCUGCCUGGGGCCGGAGCGGGAGGACAAGGCCUGCCAGAUCCAGCCCUGCUCUCGAAACGGGGGCUGGGGCGCUUGGGGCCCCUGGACCGCCUGCACCUUCAGCUGCGGGGGAGGCAUGAGGAGCCGGAGCAGAGCCUGCGACAGCCCUGCCCCCCGGGGAGGGGGGGACUAUUGCGAGGGGCCGCCCACCCAGGUGGAUGCCUGCAGCCUGAACCCCUGCCCAGCCCUGGACUGCUCUGCUCUGGAGGACUCUGCCUACAGCAGCUGUGGGCCCCCCUGCCCUCGCUCCUGUGAUGACAUCACGCACUGCAUGUGGGCUUGUGAACCGGGCUGCUACUGCACGGGGGGGAAGGUCUUGCACGGGAACGGCUCCACCUGCGUGGGAAAGCAAAGCUGCACCUGCCUGGACCUGCGCACCGGACGCCGGCACCUGCCAGGGGAGGUCCUCCCUCAUGCCGAUGGCUGCAACAACUGUACCUGCUCCAACGGGAGGCUGAUCUGCACCAACCAGGCCUGUGCAGUGCCAGGCAGCUGGUGUGACUGGGCCCCGUGGAGCCCCUGUUCCAGGACAUGUGGGAGCGAGAUGGUCACCCGCUACAGGACUUGCAGCUGCCCCAAGCCCCAGCAUGGGGGCCAUGAGUGCGAGGGGCUGCAGGAGUACCAUGGAGACAGCGGGGUCCAGCUCCAGAGAAAAGCCUGCCUCAUCACCACUUUCUGCCCAGUGAAUGGGGGCUGGUCCACGUGGAGCACAUGGUCUCCCUGCAAUUCCUGCGAUGGUGUGUCCGCAAGGAGCAGGGACUGUAACAACCCCCCUGCCCGGUUUGGGGGCACAGCCUGUUCCGGAGAAGCUCGGCAGAGCCGCCUGUGCCACGACGGAGCCACUGCCUGUGAAGACUGUGAGGGGGGGCAGGUGGCGUUCCCCUGCAGCAAGCCCUGUCCGCGCACCUGUGAGGACCAGCAGCCCGACGCUGCCUGCUUGGAGAGCCCCGGGUGCCAACUCGCCUGCGCCUGCCCAGACGGACAGCUGCUCCAGGACGGGGUGUGCGUGGCUCCCUCCCAGUGCCGCUGCAAGUACCAGGCGCCCUGGCCGGGUGCCCCCGAAGAACGGAAUCUCUCCUCCUGGUUGGGGCUCCCUCGGUGGGAGUAUGCUCAGCCAGGGGAGACCAUCCACGGGCCGUGCCAGAACUGCACCUGCGUAGCUGGGCACCUGCAGUGCCAGGCAGACCCCUCGUGCCGCCUGGACGGUGGAUGGGCCGGCUGGGGACCGUGGUCUCCCUGCAGCCAGAGCUGCGGGGAGGGCGUCCAGUUCCACUUCCGGGAAUGCAGCAAUCCUGCCCCCCAGAAUGGAGGCCGGGGGUGUGUGGGCAGCAGCGAGCAGCAGAGGCCCUGUGGGAACCAGGAAGACUGCCCAGAGGAGGACGCCUGGGACGCCUGGACUCCAUGGGCCCCCUGCAGCGUCUCCUGUGGGGGGGGGGAGCAGGUACGCAGCCGACGGUGUCGCCAGCCAGGUUGCCAUGGCCUGGCCUCCCAGAGCAAGACCUGCAACACCCACGUCUGUCUCGAGGUGGGCUGCCCAGUGGGGCGCCUGUACCGGGAGUGCCUGGCAGAAGAGGGAUGUCCCUACAGCUGUGCCCACCUCACCCGCCAGAUGGACUGCUUCUCUGAUGGCUGCGAGGAAGGAUGCCACUGCCCAGCGGGCACCUACCAGCACAAGGGGGCUUGCAUCCAGGAGUGCCCCUGCGUCCUGAGCGAAGAGGUUUUCCAGCAGCUACGGGGCCUCUCGGCUGGCCCCCCCGACACCCCACUGGUCAUCCUCACUGCUCAGGGCCAACAGGUCUCCCCAGGGGAGGAAGUGGCCCCCAACAGCACCGUCUCCGCUGCCUGCAGCAACUGCUCCUGUCGCAACGGCCAGCUGGCCUGCACUUUCACCCUCUGCCCCGUGGACGGGGGCUUCACCGCAUGGAGCCCGUGGUCCCCCUGCUCUUUGACCUGCGGGGGGUUGGGCAACAUGACCAGGUCACGCGACUGCGCCCGCCCAAAGCCUGCCCACGGGGGGAAGGACUGUGCCGGCCCUCGGACGGAUAUCAAAUUCUGCCAGACCCUGGACUGCAAAGAAAUGACUGAAGCCACCAAAGGGCCAGUCACAGGGACCCCAGGUGCUGAGGACAACGGCUUCACCCGCUGGUCCCCCUGGACGCCCUGCUCGAAGACGUGCAGCGACCCGGAGCUCCCCGCCCUCAAGACCCGCAUGCGGUUUUGCCUGGGGGGCAGCGGCUGCGCAGGGGACACCUUCCAGGAGCGAGAAUGCAACUUGCCCCAGUGCACAGAGACCCCCUUGUGCGAGGGCAAGGAGUGCCUCGGCCUGAACUGCACGUGGAACCCCUGGUCCCUCUGGAGCGAGUGUUCCCGCAGCUGUGGGGUGGGGCAGCAACAGCGCCUGCGCACCUACCACCCCCCUGGGCAAGGAGGGCACUGGUGCCAAGACAUCCUGACAGCCAACUUAGAGCGGCGCUUUUGCAACCUGCAGGCCUGCAAAGUGGACGGGGCCUGGUCCAAGUGGAGCCCCUGGUCCUGGUGCGACCGCACAUGCGGUGGGGGGCGCUCCGCCCGCACAAGGACAUGCACCAGCCCACCCCCCAAGAAUGGAGGGCGCCACUGCCCAGGCGAGAAAUACCACGUGCGCGUCUGCAACCCCCAGCCCUGCGAGGAGACCUGCCCCCCCCUGAUGCGCUGGGUGGGGUGUGCCAACAGAUGCCCCCGGCAUUGCUGGGACCUCCAAGAAGGUAUCGUGUGCCAGGAGAAGGAAGCCUGCGAGCCCGGCUGUCGCUGCCCUGAUGACACCCUGGAGCAGGAUGGCACCUGCGUUGCCCUCACCCACUGCGAGUGCACUGAUGCCCAGGGGCACAGCUGGGCGCCAGGCAGCCACUAUGAUGACGGCUGCAAUACCUGCACCUGCGCCGCUGGAGGGAGGCUCCUCUGCACCAAUUACACCUGCCUCCCCCCCGAAUGCGCCUGGAGCCUCUGGUCCAGUUGGUCCCAGUGUAGCCUCACCUGUGGAAAUGGCCUGCACACCCGCUUCAGGACCCCCACCUCUGGCUCCUGGGCUCCUGAGUGCCUGAAGGAGCAGGUGCAGACCCGUCCCUGUGCCUUGGACCCCUGCCCCCCCCUGUGCCUGCAUGAGGGCCAGGAGACCAGCCUGGGCAGCACCUGGCUCCUGGGGGAGUGCCAGCAGUGCAUUUGCACCCCAGAGGGCAUCUACUGCCUGGACAUUGCAUGUGCAGUGCACGGUGAAUGGACUCCGUGGUCACCUUGGUCCGACUGUCUAGUUACCUGUGGCGGCAGCAUCCAGAUCCGAACUCGGGCCUGUAUCAACCCACCACCACGCAACCAAGGCUUGCCCUGUGCCGGCCCCGAGACCCAGAGCCAGAACUGUUCCACCCAGCCCUGCUCAGAAGGCGAGCUCUGCCCUUGGUCCGCCUGGGGCCCGUGCUCACAGUCGUGCGGCACCGGAUUGACCACGCGUUCCAGGAGCUGCAUCUGCCCGACUUCUGAGAGUGCUGAUGGGGCACCUUGCAGCCAGAACAGCCACCCCCAGGAGAUGGAGGCCUGCUACCUGCAGGCCUGCAGAGAUUGUCCCUGGAGCCCCUGGACGCCCUGGACGCCCUGCGCAUGCAGCUUCCUGGUGCAGCAGCGGUACCGGAACCAGCAGGGCUGGGACGCUGACCGGGAGCCGUGCCUGGGGCUGGACGGGCAGUUCCGCAUGUGCAAUUAUUCCCAGUGUUCAGAGUCCAGCUGCGAUGCCCCCUUUGAAUUCCAGGCAUGUGGCUCCCCCUGCGACAGCCACUGCUCCACCCGGAAGCACCCAGAGCUAUGCCAGGACAUUCCGCGCUGCCUGCCUGGCUGUUACUGCCCCCAGGGCCUGCUGGAGCAGAAAGGGGCCUGCGUCCCCCACGCACAGUGUGUUUGCCUCCACCCCCACCAGGCAGAAGGGCCCGUGUUCCUGCCUGCGGGAGAGGCUGUCCUGAUUGGCUGCAAGAAGUGUGUGUGCCAGGAGGGAGAGCUGCAAUGCAGCAGCGAGGACUGCCAAGGGCUGCUUCCGCUGAGCGGCUGGUCGCCGUGGACGCCCUGUUCCGACUGCCUGCCCGUGACGGCGCUCGGGCCCAGCGCCGUCCCUGCCCUGCUGGCGCAGAACGAGGCCUGGCCCGGCGGAGGCGCUUCCCCGCCCGCCCUGGUCUCCGUGCAGCACCGCUACCGGCUGUGCCUCGACCCGCAGACGGGCGCGCCCUGGGGCGGGCGGGAGAGCCUGUGCUCGGCGGCGCUGCAAGAGCAGCGGCUGUGCCCCGACGAGACCCGCGCCUGCGAAGAUUUCUGCCUGUGGAGCGAGUGGGGUGCGUGGAGCCCCUGCCGGGCGCCCUGCAGCGGAGGGUUCCGUCUGCGCCGGCGGUUCGCCCUCCACCCCGCCGCGGAGCCGCGCUGCCGGGGACCGCGAUCCCAGUCCGAGAACUGCAACACCGGCCCCUGCCCAGGGGAGGAGUGUGAGGACCGGGGCAAGGUGUAUGCCCCCACCUGUGCCAACAGCUGUCCACGCACCUGCCUGGAUCUCUGGGAGCAUGUAGAAUGCCUGCAGGGGCAGUGCAGGCCAGGAUGCCAGUGUCCAGAGGGGCAGCUCUUGCAGGACGGAGACUGCGUGCCCAUCCAGGCCUGCCGCUGUGGACGUCCUGCGGCCAACAGCAGCCAGGAGAUUCUGCCUGGGCAGAUGGUGGAAUUGGAUUGCCACAACUGCACCUGCCUGAAUGGCACCUUUGCCUGCCCGGAAGAGAAGUGCCCGUCCUACGGCGAAUGGUCCGUGUGGAGCCCAUGCUCGGCUAGCUGCGGAGGGGGAAAGGCCCUGCGCCAUCGCCUCUGCCACGAGAGCCUCCUUGGAGCCCCCUGCGCCGCCGAGGCCAUGGAGGAAGUGACACUCUGCAACUCCCAGCCCUGCCCAGCUGGCUGCCUGUUGAGCGACUGGACCGCCUGGAGCAACUGCAGCACCAGCUGUGGAGGGGGGGCCUCUGAGAGGAGCCGCCAGCUGCUGUCCCCUCCAGGGGAGCCCUGCCCCUCCCCACUCCUGCAGCAGCGUGUGUGCAACACGCACAAUUGCACGCCAGAGUGCCCUGGGGGCCAAGUCUACAGCGAGUGUGCCAACUCCUGCCCGUACAGCUGCUCUGGCCUGCGCCCAGAAACCCAGUGCCUGCAAGAGGAAUGCCAGCCGGGCUGCAUUUGCCCACCUGGCCAGGUGCUGCAGGACGGGCUGUGUGUGCCCCCGGAAGAGUGCCGCUGCCUGAUCGGCCAGGCGCCUGCCUUGCCCUGGGCUGCCAACCUGUCCCAGGAGGAGCGGGUGCAGGCGCAUCUGCCUGGCAGCAUUUUGCAGCACGAGUGCAACCGCUGUGUCUGCCGGAGGGGUGUCUUCACCUGCACUCGGGAGGACUGUGAUGUGCCCUGCGUCUGGUCCGAGUGGUCUCUGUGGUCCCCCUGCCCUGUGACCUGCGGCACCGGAGAGCAGCUGUCUCGGCGGCACCAGCUGCAGCCACGCUUAUACAGUGGGGCAGAAUGCCAGGGCCCCGCUGUGCGCAGGGUGCCCUGCGCCCUUCCUGACUGUGACUGUCCAGAGGGCGAACUCUGGCGCCGAGCCCAUCCCCCAGGUCCCUGCGAGCGAAGCUGCCGCCAGAUCUACCAGGAUCUUCCCCAGAACUGCAGCUCAGGGGCAGCACAGGAGGGCUGCACAUGCCAGCCUGGGCACUACCGGAAUGGCAGUGGGCACUGUGUGGUGGCUGCCCACUGCGAGUGUGAGGAGGGAGGCCAGAUAUACUCGGCCAGUGCAGAAUGGCGCAAGGGCUGUGAAAUCUGCCGCUGCUUGAACGGGAGGGCUGUGUGCGAGACCGGCUGCCUGCCCCUCACCUGCCUUGAGGGUGAAGUGAAAGUGCAGGAGCCAGGCAGCUGCUGCCCCACCUGCCGGAAGGAGUCGGUUGACGAGCCCCAGCCCCACUGCCGGCACUUCACUGAGCGGCGCAACAUUUCCAAGGGGGCCUGUUUCUUGGCGGGCGUGGAGGUGAGCUACUGCAAGGGGCGCUGCGCCUCCCACACCAACGUCAUCCCGGAGGAGCCCUACCUGCAGACCUUCUGCGACUGCUGCAGCUACCGCCUGGACCCGGUCAGCCCGGUGCGCAUCCUGAACUUGCAGUGUGAAGGCGGCGAGACGGAGCCCGUGGUGCUCCCCGUCAUCCACGGCUGCGAAUGCAGCAGCUGCCAAAGCGGUGACCUCUCCAAGCGCUGAUGCCUUUCCUCCGGGGCAGGAUCAGACCUUUUAAAUCGGGACACAGCAGCAGCUUCGGCUCCUCCCCGCAGCCAAAACCCU